ACGAGCUGCACCAUGGGCUCGCAAUCCACUAUGAAAGAGUGAGGCCAGCAAUCCCAAAGAUUAAUAUAUAUUAUUGAUAAAGCAUCAUUUCGCUUUUGCUUUAGGAAAAUAGGCUAUACAAAAAGAUUAUUUUAUUGGAUAAUCCUGAAAGUGGAAGAUAAAGGCAUUCCCUAAGCUUUUUGUUUUGGCUGAAUAUUCCCUAAGCAUUAAUCCACCUGUUUUGGGAGGCAUUUUUGUUCCUUUUUUAGUUGGUUGAUGUUGUUGUCUGUAAAAACUUGAAUGGAAUUUUGGUUUCUUUCCUGAGAAGUUUGAAGGCUCAAGUAGUGAAAAGUUUUCUUGUUCCUUGUACGAGUAUUUUAGUUGAAAAGUUGUCACUGUGAGUUUACUGCUAGCAUAUCCUUCUUUCAAAGCCGUUGGAGAAUAUGCAGGAUUCUGAAGAUAAGGCUAAGAAAGGGGAAGAAAAAAAAAUACAAGUAAAACAAGAAAAGGGGACAUUGAAGAUCAAAUAAGGUGAAUAGCAAGGAGAAUUGGAAGCAACUGCAAUUAAUUCCUCAAUUUACUUUAUUGCGCAGUUGGUGGCAAUUGUUUCCUUGUCACUUGUACCCACUAGUGUGUCAACGAGGAUGGACAUAUUGACGGGAUGCACGGGCUCCAUUGCAGCUGAAGUUGUAAAAUGCACAGCAAAGCCCGUCAUACGUCAUGUUGGUUAUUUGUUCCGUUUCAAGAAAACUGUUGAUGAUCUUACCAAAGCAAAAACAGACCUGCAAGUAGAGCAGCAAAAGGUGCAAGAGGCUAUCGAGCGAGCUGCAAUGAACAAUGAGAUUGCUGAGAAGGAUGUAGAAAGGUGGUUGACAAAUGUGAAUCAACUCAUGGAAGAAGUGCAGGCUUUGGAAAUUAAAGUACAAGUAAAUUUGAGGUUCUGUAACGGCUGGUGUCCUGAUUGGAUUCGGCAAUACAAGUUAUGUAAGGAAGCCAUUCAGAAGACAAAUGUUGUCAAAGAGCUCCAAGAUAAGGGCAAAUUUUCUGAAUUGACCCAUCGUGCUCCGAUUCCUGGCAUAGAGAUCUUUUCAUCUAGUGAUUUCGAGGUGUUUGAAUCAAGAAAAUUGGCUUUCCAACAAAUUAUGGAGGCAUUGCAUGAUGAUGACAGUCAAAGGAUUGGACUGCAUGGAAUAGGGGGGGUUGGUAAAACAACACUGGUGAAGGAAGUGCACAAGAAAACCAAAGAACUAAAUCUUUUCGAUGAAAUUGUGAUGACUGUUGUGUCGUUGACUCCAAACGUUAGAAGAAUUCAAGGUGAAAUUGCAGGCUGUUUAAAUUUGAAACUUGAUAAUGAGAGCGAUAUGGCAAGAGCAAGUGAAAUAUGCUUAAGAAUAAAGAAAGCAGAGAAGAUCCUCAUAAUCCUUGAUGAUGUUUGGAAAGAUGUCAACUUAGAAGCUAUUGGAAUUCCAUCUCGUGAUGAUCACAGGGGUUGCAAGAUGCUUUUGACUACUCGAAGUGUGCAUGUAUGCAAUUUAAUGCGUUGUCAAAGGAAAAUUCCAUUAAAUUUCUUAGUGGAGGAAGAAUCAUUGGCUUUGAUGAAAAAAACCGCUAUAGUUGAUGAUUGCCCAGGCUUGAAUGAUGUGGUACUAGAAGUUGUUAAAGAAUGCAAAGGUUUGCCUAUAGCAAUCAUUACAGUGGGAAAGGCUCUUACAGGAAAAUCUCUCAAUGAUUGGAAUGUGGCAAUGCAUCAACUAAGAAAGUCUAGACUUGUUGAUAUUGAAGGUGUAGAUGAAGAUAAAAAUGCUUAUGCAUGUCUUAAGUGGAGUUUUGAUCAAUUAAAACGCAAAACCAAGUUGUGCUUUUUGUUGUGUUCUUUAUUUCCAGAAGAUUAUAAUAUUCCCAUUGAAGAAUUGACUAGAUAUGUUAUGGGAUUAGAGGAAGAUGAAGAUUUUCACUUACUUGAAGACGCACGGUGCCAAGUGCGUGCAGCAGUCAAUAGCCUCAAAGAUUCUUCUUUACUACUAGAAGGUUUUGGUAAAGAAUUUGUGAAGAUGCAUGACAUGGUUCGCGAUAUUGGCUUAUGGAUAACAUCAAAAGGGGAAAAUGAAUUCGAGCUAAGAGCCUGCACUCGUUUAGAGAGAAACAAAAACUUUGAAAGAGCCACAGCAAUCUUCUUGAUUGAUUUCAACACCAAACAACUUCCUGAUAAAUUGGUAUGUCCAAGACUCAACAUUUUGUUAUUGGGUGGAAUUCAAAGUUCCAAAAAUAUCUCUAACGCAUUGUUUGAAGGGAUGAAUUGUCUGAAGGUUUUAUCACUACAUGACAUAAUCUUAUCAUCACAAUCACUCGAAUUAUUGACAAACCUUCGGACCUUAUAUUUGAACAACUGCAAUUUCAAUGAUAACCUCUCUUCUUUGGGAAAGUUAAAGAGACUUGAGGCUUUAAGCUUUUACAGAUGUGGAAUAAAGGCAUUGCCGAGUGAGUUAGGGGAAAUGACGAGUUUAAAAAUGCUACAUUUGACGUAUUGUCAUAAACUGGAACGGAUCCCGUCAAAUGUGAUAGGAAGAUUAUCCCAAUUAGAAGAACUAAUUAUCAUUAGUAAUAGGUUCCGGAAUUGGGAUGUUGAAGGGACAACCACAGAAAUAAGCAACGCUAACUUAUCAGAGUUGAACUCAUUACCCCGCUUGGUUAAUCUCUCUCUAAAUUUGAGCUCGAAUCAUUUACCCAAAGGCUUUGUUUUCUCAGAGCAUUUGCGUAGAUAUGUCAUAGAUAUUGGCUAUCCGUUCUUGUCUGCUAUGACACCUAGGCGAACCCUAGCAAUCAAAGAUUUGAAUGCCUCCUCAAUGAACGCAUUGAAGUCGUUGUUCCAUACCGUGGAAUAUUUUUUGAUCAAGUCUUGUGAGAUGGAAUGCAUUGCUGAUACAAUAUCUGAGGGAAUGAUAUUGGAGAGUCACAAUCAACCAAUAUGUCUGUCAAAAUUAGAGACUCUUGUGGUAGAGAAUUGCCGAAAACUGGAAUAUAUCUUUCCUAUCUCAGUUGCUCGAGGUCUUCAGCAACUAGAAUGGCUAGAAUUAAGAGAUCUUCCUCGAUUAAAGCAAGUAUUCGGCCAGAACAGAGAAGGAGAAGUUGGGGAUUGUGAAAUAGAGAGUCACCAUCAACCUACAGGCUUCCCAAAAUUAAAGACUAUUCGGGUAUGGAAUUGCAGAAAUCUGGUAUGUCUAUCAACUGCUCGAGAUUUUCCCCAACUAGAAAGUCUAGAAUUACAUCAUCUUCCUCAAUUAAAGCAAGUAUUUGGCCAGAACAGAGAAGGAGAAGUUGGGGGUUGUGAAACAGAGAGUCACCAUCAACCUACAGGCUUCCCAAAAUUAAAGACUAUUCUGGUAUGGAAUUGCAACAAUCUGGUAUGUCUAUCAACUGCUCGAGAUCUUCCCCAACUAGAAAGUCUAGAAUUACGAGAUCUUCCUCAAUUAAAGCAAGUAUUCGGCCAGAACAGAGAAGGAGAAGUUGGGGAUUGUGAAAUAGAGAGUCACCAUCAACCUACAGGCUUCCCAAAAUUAAAGACUAUUCGGGUAUGGAAUUGCAGCAAUCUGGUAUGUCUAUCAACUGCUCGAGAUUUUCCCCAACUAGAAAGUCUAGAAUUACAUCAUCUUCCUCAAUUAAAGCAAGUAUUUGGCCAGAACAGAGAAGGAGAAGUUGGGGAUUGUGAAACAGAGAGUCACCAUCAACCUACAGGCUUCCCAAAAUUAAAGACUAUUCUGGUAUGGAAUUGCAGCAAUCUGGUAUGUCUAUCAACUGCUCGAGAUCUUCCCCAACUAGAAAGUCUAGAAUUACGAGAUCUUCCUCAAUUAAAGCAAGUAUUCGGCCAAAACAGAGAAGGAGAAGUUGGGGAUUGUGAAAUAGAGAGUCACCAUCAACCUACAGGCUUCCCAAAAUUAAAGACUAUUCUGGUAUGGAAUUGCAGCAAUCUGGUAUGUCUAUCAACUGCUCGAGAUCUUCCCCAACUAGAAAAACUAUCAUUAUAUGAUCUUCCUCAAUUAAAGCAAGUAUUUGGCCAUGAAAAAGGAGGAGAUGAUGGGGAUGGAAACAACAGCGUGCUAUCUAAGUUGAGAGAGUUAAUAUUAGUGAACUUACCAGAGCUUGUCAGUUUGGGUGGAGGAAAUAGUUCUUCAGUUUGGCCAUCAUUGCCAUUGGAGAGGCUAGAAGUGGUGAACUGUCCUAAAGUGAAGUGGUCAUUUUUUGCUACUGUGGAAGUGAAUGUACCAGCUCUGCAAAAGCUUCAAAAUUUACAGAUCUUGUCUCUACGCGAUUGGAAUGCAACUUCAUUUGAUUUGAUGCAAGGUUUGUCAAAUUUGGAAGAAUUAGAAAUUAAAAAUUGUGGAGGAAUCCAAGAGGUGAUUAAGCUUGAAGGGCUUCUUACUAUAAAAGGAGAGCAACAAGAUCUGUUGCUCCCAAGAUUGAAGAAAAUGUUGUUGAUUGAUCUACUUGAACUGAGCUGCAUAUGGAAGGGCGCAACUAAACUUAUAAAUCUCAACAAUCUUGAAGAUUUAGAAGUCAUCAGAUGCAAAAAAUUGACGCAUCUCUUCACACCAGCCCUCGCUCAAAGCUUACAAAAGUUGAAAUUUCUUAAAAUUGAAAGGUGUGACGAAUUGGAGCAUCUAAUUGUUGAAAAUGCAGAAGAACAAGUCUUAUUAGAGAGUCAUCCCCAACCUUUAUGCUUCCUUGAACCAAAUGUGGUCAAAGUCGUGGUCGAAAGUUGCAAUAAAUUGAAGUAUCUCUUCCAUGUGGAUCAUUGGAAUCCAGUUUCCAUUUUUUUGAGAUUAGAAGAAUUGGAAUUGAAGAACUGUGGAGGAUUGCAGGAGGUGUUCAACUUUGAAGGUUUUCUUACCAGAGAAGGAGAACAACAAGAUGAGUUUUUCCCAAGAUUGAGGAAAAUGUGCUUGGUCGAACUACAUGAAUUGACAUAUAUAUGGAAGGGUCCAAUCCAACUUAUAAAUCUCAACAAUCUUGAAGAUUUAAAAGUCAUCGGGUGCAAAAAAAUGACGCAUCUCUUCACACCGGCCCUCGCUCAAAGCUUACAAAAGUUGAAAUUUCUUGAAAUUGAAAGGUGUGACGAAUUGGAGCAUAUAAUUGUUGAAAAUGUAGAAGAACAGGUCUCAUCAGAGAAUCAUCUCCAACCUUUAUGCUUCCCUAAACUGAUAAGAGUCAAUGUCAAAUACUGCAAUAAAUUGAAAUAUCUCUUCCCCAUGACCAUCGCUGAUAGUCUUUUAGAACUAAAGAUUCUCAUAGUAAAAGAAAACUCUCAAUUAUUGGAAGUAUUCACACAUGAAGGAGACGCUGGAGUUCAGAAAGAUGUAACGCUCCCUCAACUACAAUUUAUGGGACUCAAAGGUCUACCAAGCCUUGUUAACUUCUGCCCAAAGAACUAUCAGUUUAUACUGCCAAAAUGGAUGGAGUUAAGCGUGGAAAGCUGUAAGAACAUGAGGACGACUUUUACCCGUACUCCAGACAAAAGAGUGCUUAUAAAUGGAGAGGUAGCCCAGAUAGACGAGCCUACAGGGACUUCAACAAUUUCUCCAGUGCUUACCAUAUGCCCUGCCAACAACGAUAUAACAUGGUGGACAGAUGUGAAAGACGAUCGUACAUGUCACGUGUCAUCAGAUGAAAUCUAUUUUUACAAAGAAUCUCGAAGAUUAUGAUUUGGAUUUAUUAUGAUCUUUUCUACACAAGUGACUUAACUUUGUGGCGGGCUCAUGGAUGGAUGGACGUGCUACUUCUGUAGAGGUCUCCGUCCUCAAAAUAUUCUCAUCUCUGUAUUUCACGACUCUUUUGCUUUC